AUGUAUUAUGGACCAAAUAUAACAGCAGAGUCUUUGGGAGGGGGUCCUAUAUAUAAUGAUUUAGCCAUAACAUAUAUGAUCAUUCGUAUUAUAGUUUGUACAUACAUCAUUAUAAUUUGUUUUACCCAAGUUGUUUUGGAAUACAAAUAUCAGAUAUCACUUAAAAGUUUUAUCAAUCCUAGAAUUUAUACUUAUUUUGGUGUUAUUAUGUAUUUAUUUUUUAGAAUAUUAUAUACAAUUACAUUUUUUGUUACGGGGAGUGAAACAGUUGGAACAGUACCAGAUUUACUAUCAUUUUGGUCAUUAUUCUUUCAAUUUUAUAGUUGGACUUGGGUAGGUGCUUAUUGGGGUAGAUUGGUCUUGGCAUUGUUUUCAGUCAAUAUCUUAAAGUAUGACAAGUUGGUAUGGAUAUCUUCAUGGAUUAUGAUUGGUACAUCGCUGAUGUAUGUUGUCAUCUACCACAUACUAGCCUUCAAAUACCCGAGUCAAGCAUCAAACUUUUUCGUCGGUGGAUUCCUGGCUAUCGCAGCACUCUAUGGUGGACUGUGUAUUCUGACAGGCACAGUAUUGUAUAGACAAAUUAAAAAAAAGGAAGAACUUUUCACAGAUCGAAUCAAUUCGAUUAUUGGUCGUAUUAGAAUAUUGGCUAUCAUCUUGACUGCCAGUAUUGCCAUUAUCCUAGUACGUGAUUUAAUAUUUUAUGUUAUCCUUGGUAUACCAAUCUAUUCAGUAUUGAAACAUAUAUCAAAUGUCAUAACAAUGAUCAUUGAAUUUGCUGUUGCUUUUUGUAUAAUGGUAUCGAUUGCAGAGAAACCAUAUAAUUAUUUAACAUUUAAAUGUGUUAAUCCAAGUAUGAACAAACCAUUACAUGAAAAAGAGUCUAGUGCAAGUGGCCGUCGUAUGACUAUAUCUUCGAGGUGUUCAAAUGAUGCUUUAUCCAGUACAAGCUCAUCAUCGAGUAAUACUACCAAUGUCUUGCCACCAAAAUCAAAAUCUAAAUCACAAAUUCAAAUGAAUCGAUUAUCCAUUGUUGAUGUUCAAUCAAUACUCUCCACCCAUCAACCAAAUGUUGAUGCCAACAACAACAGCAUCCCAAUAACCCAAGAACCUAAUAAUAAUAAUAAUGAAAAGGUAAAUAGUAAUAGUGGUGACGGUAAUAAUAAAGAGAUCUUUUGUUCGGGACUUGAAAGAGAGUCUAAAGAAGAGUUGGAUAGAAGUUUGAUCAAUGGUUAA